GAUCGACCCCCAGGUCUAUACAUAUACAUAUAUGUAUACACGUAUGCAUUACUUCGAUACGCAAUCGCGUCGUUGAUGCAAAACGAGUCGUGCAUCUACAUCGAUGACGUUCCCGCGGCAUAAAUAUGUAAAUACAGUAUGGCGACCAUACUAUGGCCGAAAGAAGCGGAAGCUUUCCCACUUUCCCGGAUGGUAUUUCGCUAAGCGAUUGAGAGAGACUUGUAACGUUUCGCCGCUCAAUGUAAUCCCGCGCAAUUGACGAACUCCCGGGGAGCGAAAUGACGUAAACAGUUCCCCUGAGAUCUUUCACAGCGUAAUCUGACUGGUUCGACAAAAAUGUCAUUCGGUCGCCACUGGUGAGGGAGAAAGAACGAGCGAGCGGGACGGAGAGUGAGAGAGAAAGGAAAGAAGAAAGAGACAUGUUAUGUUUAUAUCUCGGGGAGAUAGGACGCAUUUGUGAGCCUUAGGUAUAUAUAUAUAUAUAUACCGCGGCGAGGAUGGAAUGCAACGUACGGAAACGUCAGUGCGCGAUCUAACGCUAUGCCGCGGCAGGCCUACACCGCGUGCCCUGACAUUCCCCUUGCCGACGAUGUCAAAGCCGUAGGCGCCGUCAUGGACGCGGACAUGGAACUGGGCAAGGGCGAAGGGUGCGAGACUAUCCCGGGCUGCUCCGGCUACUCUAGCAUGGUGCACAGCAAGAAGGUCAUUAAGCACGCGUUACGACAGCAAGCCAAACGGCGCAGGAAGAACACGACGAUAGCGGCGGGCAAUUCCCGCACAUUGCCCAGGAUCGUGGUGAAACCACUACCGCCGCCACCGCCGAACGAUCCACCGUCACCGGUCAAUAAUGUACAGCACGUCAACACCGCAGCGGAAGAACCUGCUGCCACAAUGAGAGAAGUCUUGGCUAGUUUACCUGGAUUUAGCUUGAAAUCAAGUCGCAGGCGAUCUACAAAAAGGCUAUCAGCGACCGCGCAAUUAGAGGCUGGUCUCGUGGAUUUAGAAUCACCAGCGAGCAUCUUAGCAAGCACGAGUUUACGCGCUCUAUUAAAUAGGCAUACAUUUCAAGGCUUGCCUCCACUAUAUCAACGGAAGCUUGCACAACUCCUGCCUGCUGUAGAUAGACAGGUAUCCAACAUAAUUGACUCAACAGACGCUGCUAUCUCUGGACUGAAUAAUGAAUUUUUUGCGAGAGCUUGCUUAGAAUGGCGGAAACGUUUAGCAGAAGGAGAAUUUACUCCAGAAAAUCAACAACGCUUGAAGAUGGAAGCGGAACGAGAUAAGAAUAAGUUAGACCCAUGGAAGGUGAAACAUUUUGAACCGAUAUGGGGAGAAAAGCGAGAGCCUAAACUUAAAUCGAAUCUUCAUUAUAUUACCGAGUCACGUUCUAGUGGUGCAGUAACACGUUCAAGUUUAAGACUUCGUCUGGAAUCUAACGUGGAUAUUCCCACAUCAGAACAUGCUGUCUGUCCCAUUGUAAUGACAGAAGAUAAGGUCGAUACUACUAGCUGCAAGACCGAAAUCAGCAUAAAAAGUUCCGACGAUCUAGCUAAUUCUGAAGAGGUGCAACAAAAUUUGAUGCCUUUGGAUUAUAACACAUUAUCAGAUAAUUUGACUGACGAGAAACAUUUGGAUGACUCCAUGCAAUCCAUACAAGUGAAUUCCAUAGAAAUAACAGAAGAUAUUCAGACAAAUGAAAAUAAAAUAGAAGAAGUCGACAAGAUUACGGAUAUCUGUGAGAAACAAGAUAUAGUUGAGGCUAAUGACAUUGCAAGGCAGAUUUGUCAAGAAAGCAUUGCGAAUGUUUACGAGGAAGAAACAGAUUUUUCGUCGAGCGAGAAAAAUUUGCAACCUAUAGAAAGCAACGUGAUCGAAGCGUCGGAGGAGGACACUGUGCUAUUACCUGAUGAUAAUUCGUCACCCAGAUCAAGCGAACAGAUAGAACGUGCAUCGCACACAUCCGGAGAAUCAAUUUCGCAGUUAUCCAACGAAUAUAUAUCACAAACAUCCAUAGAUCAAAUUUCUCAGAUCUCAAAGGAACAGAUUUCACAAAUAUCCAGCGAUCAGAUUUAUCAGAUAUCAGAUUGUGAGACUACGAGUAUCCUUGAAAGUUCAUCGCCGCAAGAUCAAGUCAGGCCCGCAAAUAUCGUUAUAGAGGAUACCAGUUUAAUGAAUAACGAUCAAGUUGAAGCAACACAGACGUCACACGAAAAUGCAGCCGAUAGCGAAUCGCAAAUUCCAGAAGGAAUGGAAAUUGAUAGUGAAACUUUACAACGUAUUCAUGAGCUCGAGGUACGAGGGGAAAUGCGCGAAAUGUAUGAAGAAAUUUCGGGAUGUCCAGAAGAGAUAAUAUAUCCGAUUCUUGAGGGAAUGGAAAUAGCUUCAACAAAUGCAGAAGUAACCGAACAGCAAGUAGUAUCUGGUCAAGCCGAAGAUACUACAGAAACAGAUGUAAACGCUGGUAAUGAGGAUGAAGCUCUGCGAGAGGCAAAUAAUUAUGUGUGUUCUGAAAUGUUAGAAUGUAGUUGGACAGUGGAUCCUACUGUUAAUAAUAUCAAUAACAAUAAUAGGACGCAAGAAGAGCUGCAGGUACCUUGGCCUUUAGUAGCAGCUGCUCUUGAUGGAUCAGUAGCAGCUAAUAUCACAGUAACAACACAGGAUGAAUGCAGCGAAACCUCCACGACGACCGACUCUACGACUUCUUCGCAACAGUUUAUCAAUACGGAUACCAACGUGGAGUCCGUUAAUUGUAUUCAAUUACCGGUUGUUCAAGGAACCACGUUUCAAUCUGAUGGCUUAGCCAUCAGCACACCGGGAAACAGUUGCGUUAUGAAGAGUUUGCAGUCGCAGAGUCCACCGAUUAUUGCGUUUCCGCAAUUGCAAUCUAUCAGAUUUGUACAAACGAGCUUUAAUUCGGAUCAAGAAACGUCUUCGUUGGCGAAUAAUUCGUCCACGAUCUCAGCCCAACUUCAGCCUCAGCAAAAUAACACCGCGCAAGUUAAUAUGAUAAGAACACAGGAUACCAUUACUCAAAUAAGUACUCAAAAUAAUAGUGCACGCAGUAAUGUGACUCAGAACACCGUUGUGACGCCAGGCCAAGUGCAAAAUACUCUCCCGACUACGAUGGGAGUACAAUCUCAGAAUCGUACGCAAAAUGCGAUCGUUAUUCAACACCAGAGCGCUACUUCUGCUCAACCUCGACAAAUCGCGGCCACUGUGCAUCAACAACAACAACAACAACAGCAACAGCAAACGCCACAGCAGCAGCAGCAGCAACAGCAAUACGCUGGACCGUCGGUAACAGUUUCGUCGCGACCUUCGCGUAUGUCGAAUCAAGGUAGCCAAAGAGGUUCCAGAAAUAGUAAUAAAGAACAAGGAGGAGGUAGAUCAAGAAGUUCUACAAAAGAGCCUCCGGGUGCUGUCAACUUAGAACGCAGCUAUCAAAUAUGUCAAGCGGUCAUACAAAGUUCACCUAAUAGAGAUCAACUGAAGGCCCAUUUAAAGCCACCGCCUAGUUUGCUUGCUAGAGGAGAUGGUGCAUUUACAACUAGUAAAUCUGGCGGACGCACCUUGACGACAGUCAAACCCCAGAAAGCACAGCAAGCGAUACAACACAAUAAACAAGCUCAAAAUAAGACACAAGCAGUUAUGUUGAGACACGUAUUUGCUACUGCACGUCAAGCUGCAUCAACGGAAGUUACAGAAAGUACUCCUAUAGCACAACUUGGUUCUACCACCAGCAAUGGUCUCGGGCAAUACAUACUUGUACAAAGGACGGGAGUUGGGGACAGUGCACCGAGAGCAUCAUCUGCUCCUCCAUUACCGCCGCAAAUCGCAGGGAUGGGCGUUGGGGUUCAUUUGGUACGAGGAAGACCGGCGAGCGCUGGGGAGGGUUCUCAUCAAGCCGUCACUCUGAAAGCAAGAGGCGCGGACAGCAGGGUGACGGGCGGUGCGGAACCAGGUGCACCCGGCAUGAUUAUUGGCGGCGAUCCGCCACCCCCGUGUGAAUGUAAUAUGCGAGGAGCUAUGGUAAUUUGUCGGCAGUGUGGUGCCUUUUGCCACGAUGACUGCAUCGGGCCUCAACGUAUCUGUGCUACCUGCCUCAUACGUUAAUCACUCCAUCUUUAUCCAACGCUGCGUAGAGGAUAUUCCUGUACAUGUUGAUCUCGAAGCUAAAACGACGAAUCCUUUGUACAUGCUCUCUUUUAAUCAUUCCUUUGGAAUAUAGAAUAUCAUCUACUGAACUCUCAAAGUCUUAAUAUAGUUCAGAUUACCUUUUGCACAUGUAUUAGUACAUGUUGUAUGUCAAACUAGUAUUGCCGGACAUUGUGUACAGGAACAGUACAGUAAUAUAUCAUGAAAAUGAUUAAUUGAUUAAGAUUAAGGAUUUAAUGCAAAUAAUAAGAGAAGUAACUAGAUAUUCAUAGCUCUAACAUAGAUAUACAGAUAUGUAGUCUGUAUUAUUUGAUUUUAUCUCUCACUUUGUUACAAUUAGUUCUUUAAUGUUGUUAGUUAGACCAAGGAAUGAUUUAUUGAGAAAUUGCGAACAGUAUGAUUAUUGAUAUAAUUUUAUCUGUAUGCUCUGAUUUAUAGUACAUCUAGAAAUAUGUUAUGCAGUACAAAUAAUGCAGUAAUGAUCCUUCUAAGACCGAAAUCUGGACUUAGAAACAGUUUUUAGCAGUUUUAGAUUACUGUCUUGGACUUCUUAACUUGAAUCAUUGCAUAUACAAUGUAUACAUUAUAUUCAUAUUGCUAUAACUGUACACCCGAACAUCGCUGGUAGAUGCAUAUCAUAAUCAUCUUUAGUUAUUCUGAUUUCUUUACUCUUUCUGAUAUCUCUUUUUCCUUAAAUGAAUGAUUUAUUUAUAUAAGGUAAAGGAGAAAAGAAAUCAGAACAAGUGGCUCAUUUCCUUUGUCAGAUUGAUACAGAUUGAUCAACAGCUGGAUACUAUUUGCGAGUUUAUCAUUAUUCAUAACUAAAAGCGCAUAAAUUUAAUUGUUGAAUACGUAAAAGUGGUAACUAUAUUCCAGCGAUAAAAGAUCCAGAUAUACAUAUAUAUAUAUUGCAGAUAAUCAUAGAAUUAUAUAACGAUG